AAGUGAUCCAGAUCCAGGAAAUGACAACCGUCCAGGCGUCCACUCCACGGUCACGUGGGAAGUGAAGUUCGUCUUGCUCUCGUUCAGCCAGUGAUACGACCAUCUCAUAUUCUCACGCGAUGACCGAACAGCAGUAUAAUCGUGCAAUGGAUAGCAAAAAAAAAAACAAAAAACCAAGAAUUUGGAGUGAUGCCUGAAAAAUAAUCUCCAGGCUGUGCAAGGGAGAAAAUUUUAUGCCUUUGAGACUUACUAUUAACGUUGAAGCAAUGGGUCCAAGGAGAAAGGCCUUUAAACUCCAACCUUUGGGGGCCAGCAGCAGUGGAUGGGGAGUGCCCUUGUGGCCCAUUGAGCCAAAGGACUACAUCAAUGAACUGUCCCACGAAGUUCUUUGUCAUAUAUUCAGGUACCUUCCAAUGAAGGACAUCAUAUGCAUGGAGUGUCUGUCCAGCAAGCUCAGAGAAGCUGUCACUCUCUACUUGCGAGUGAUCAAAGUAGUGGAUCUUUGUGCUGGUCACUGGUGGGAAUAUAUGCCCUCAGGUUUUACAGAUAGCAGCUUCUUGCUCCUUUUGAAGAAGAUGCCUGAUUUGGAGCAGCUAUAUGGCCUCCACCCCCGAUACCUUGAGAGGAGACGAGUCCGAGGUUAUGAGGCAUUCAGUAUACCUGGUGUCGUGGAGGCACUACAAGCCUGUCCCAGUUUGCUGGGUGUUGAAACAUCCCACCUUGAACUGGUGGAAGCCAUUUGGAACUACAUGCCACAGGUUCACAUACUUGGAAAGUUCCGGAAUCGUAAUGGGGCGUUCCCAAUUCCUGCUGAGAAUAAACUAAUCAUCCCAGUUACUGCAAAAAUCCAAACACUUCACCUUGUGGGUGUAAAUGUCCCAGAGAUCCCUUGUGUGUCCAUGCUGCGCCACCUUUACCUAAAGUGGGUCCGUCUCACUAAACCUCAGCCAUUUAAAGAGUUCCUCUGUGUGAGCCUGAGAUCCUUUGUAAUGCGGAACUGUGCAGGUCCAACCAACUCUCUCAAAUAUGUUCCACUGGUUACUGGUUUAGCUUCAGCCCGAAAUCUUGAGCAGCUGGAGUUGGUGAGAGUUCCUUUCCUUGGAGGGCUCAUCCAACAUGUGGUCGAGGACAGCUGGAGAUCAGGAGGAUUUCGGAACCUUCACACCAUUGUGUUUGGAGCCUGUAAAAAUGCCCUGGAAGUGGACUUGGGUUACCUUGUCAUCACUGCUGCUCGCAGACUUCAUGAGCUACGUAUCCAGCCAUCACUGACUAAAGAUGGAGUGUUCUCAGCUCUCAAGAUGGCUGAACUAGAAUUUCCUCAGUUUGAUACUCUUCAUCUCGGAUACGUGGAUGAGUUCCUGCUCCAAUGUAAGAUGAGUCAUUCACAGCUGGUAAAGUAUGGUCUGGCUGAUAUUGUAGAGAACCCAGGCAUCAUCACUGAUAUUGGCAUUAGAGUGGUGAAUGAGGUGUUCAGUAAUAUAAAAUUCCUGCUUAUCUACAAUUGCCCUCACCUUCAUAACCCUCACCAAUGGAUUACAGAUCAGUCAAGGUGGAGUCGACUUGUUGAUCUCACAUUGGUACGCUGUCAUGCUAUCAAACUGGAGUCUUUCGCCCAGUUCAUAGAAGCACUGCCCAGUUUAGAGUUCAUAUGUCUGGACCAGAUGUUUCGAGAACCACCAAAGGGAUGUGCCAGAGUUGGCCUGAGUGCAGGAACUGGUAUUGGUGUGUCCUCGGCUCUCGUCAGCAACCACAACUCUAACAAUGACAACAACAACCACCACCACCGUCACCAUCACAACGAAGCCAACCUGCCUGCUCCUCCACCUCCUCCGCACCCACCCCCUCCUCCACCGCCUCCACCACCUCCACCUGUUUAUAACAUUCAAAGACAGCAUCAGCAAAAUGGAGCAAAAAAAUAUCCAGGAGCAUAUCAAACCAGGAAACACAAAGCCCCAAUGGAGGUCAAUGGGAUUGAGGAUGAAGAAGAAAUCAUGCAGGCAGAGCCAGAAAUGGAGGGGAAAGGAGCUGAAACAGCAGUACCAGCAGAUCAUUAUGAGGUUGCAGGGCCCAGUCACCCCACUGGUUCACCACAACCUCCUGAUGUUGAUGAAGAGCAAGCAGGUCCCAGUGGUUUGGUCCAGCAGAGUAGACCACCUGGUGUUGCCAUUCCCAAACCCUCGCUGGUUCUCUCUGACUCAGAUAGUGAGGAGGACGAAGGCCUAGUUUCAAGACUAACUCCAGCAGCUUCCUGUUUGCAGCAACCUAUUUCUUGCACAGAAGGUAAAGGGAAGACUCCUCUGCGUCGGUCCAAUAACUUACCUGCAUCAGUAACUCAGGUGAAACCUCUUGCGUCAGAGGGCAGCUGUGAAAAGAGCUGUCAGGUGACCAGUGAACAGAUCAAGGCGGACAUGAAGGCUGCAUCUGAAAACAACCGCAAGACUAGCAGCAGAGUAGUCGAUACCGACUCAGGGGAAACAGCUACAAGGCUGGGGCCAGACAGGACAGUACAGUGCCCUGGUGUCAGUGAGGCGGCAGAAAGGAUGAUAAAACCUAGGGUAGGCCCUGGACAUGAAAGGGUUGAUACUGGAAGGGGAAGGACUAAUGGGAGCCCGGAAAACCAAAGUGGAACACAUAUGAGUGACAGUGGCGUGAGUGAAGUUGGGGUAAGGCAGACCUCUACUGCUGCAAGUGUAGAACAUCUUGAAUCCAGAGAUUCGACUGAAAGCCUACCUUCGGGACAACUGGCUUGUCAGAGACAAAGACGAUCACCUGUUGAUCACUGUUCAAGUAGUACACAGAAGCGAACUCUGGCUAUUGAUGACAGCUCCUCCAUACCCAGACGACCUUUGACCCGGUCUUGCACUCGUAUGUCCUCUGGACCACUGGUGCCAGAGAUGGAUCUUCCAAGAACGAGGCCUCGAGUAGCAACAAGGAGGCGUAGAAUGGCUGACAAAUCAACCAGUACUUCAGACCCAGUAACGGAGGAUGACCAUGUGCAGGUAUUAUCCUUGAAGAGUAAGAACCUGGUGGGCAUUACUUUGACCAACUGCGGGAUCACCGACUUGGUCAUUAAAGACUGCCCCAAGAUGAUGUUCAUUCACGCUACCAGAUGUCGAGUGUUAAAGAAGCUGCGAGUGGAAAGUGCUCCUAUUGUGAACAGGUUUGACUAUGCACAAUGUAAGAAGCUGAACAUGGAACAGGUCCUGGAUCAGAUUCUGAGAAUACCUCCUGAGCGCAACCGCAUCAUCUACAUGCGUCCUAUGCAUCAGAUUGACUCUGUAGCAUUGGAACGUCAGCUCUUCCAGGGUCCCUAUCCCUAUCACAUCGCUAUCGUUCAUGAAUUCAGCAAUCCUCCAAAUAUACGCAACAAAGUCCGCAUUCGCAGCUGGAUGGACACCAUAGCCAACAUCAGCCAGGAGUUAAUCAAGUACGAGUUUUUCCCAGAGGCCACCAGGACAGAAGCAGAUGUGAAGAAGUAUCUUAAAUACCCCUGGGGGCGAGACAUUUAUACACUUGAAGGAUUGUUGGAUGGCGCCCCUUACAGCAUGAUAACAGACUUCCCCUGGCUGCGGACACUGAGAGCAGCUGAUCCCAACAGCUACGCCCGCUAUGACUUUGAGGACGAUGAGAACACCACCAUCUACGCCCCGAGGCGGAAGGGUCAACUUUCGGCCGACAUCUGCAUGGAGACCAUCGGGGAGGAGAUCUCAGAACGACGACAGGGCAAAAGAGGAGUAUUCCAGAGAGUUGUGGUCCUCUUCCUCCAUCACUGCGAUACGCCUGGCGAACCUGUUGAUGAUGACUACAUUUAGGGACGCUCUGUGUGACACCUGACUGGCAAGUUUUACAGUGUGUCGGCCAGCUGGGUCGCUAAGAUCUGCAGUGCACACUUGACUUGUACCUGUGGGGCACUGGCUAAGAUGAUUUUACCUCUAGAUGAGCCCUUUGGAAACAAAACUCCAAAUGAUGAAUCUUUUUGUCUUACUGCUUCCUUUUGCUUUCAUUAAGCAAUUUGGAAUAUGUUGGAUCUCAUUUGAGCCUUGUAUUCUAUCACACCUAAAAAGAUGUUUCCGGCAAUAUUGAAAUAUUAAAAUCAUGGCUUCCAUGUAUUUGAAUAUAUCUUUUUAUUAUUAUUAUUGAGAUUUAACCAAUGGAAGUUUCAUCAGCAUAGAUGAUUCCUUUUGUCAAUUUGGUCUCUUUACAGACACAGUUCCACUAUGAAAUUACAGGUGAAAAUUACCCAAGUUGGCAUUUUUUACUAGUAUGUGGCUUGACAAUGCUCUAUUAAAAAGUGUAUUAAAUCCACAACAGUGGGGGGCAUGUAAGCUGUGGACUCCUGCAAGUAACCUUAUCGCAUUCAUAGAGUCGACUAAGUUUGAAUGCCAUCACAUCGUAACUUGGCUGCUGCCUGUCCUGUACCCCAAUGUUUUACAAUUCCAAAUGGGUAUAGGUGAUAUUUAGAAAUACCAUAUAAUAUGUUUUUGAUUUUAUUUUUUGAAAGAAUUUUUUUCCAGGUUAAAUUUUUCAAAGUACUUCCAAUACCUUGAUUAUCAUUAGCCAGUUUAGUGUCAAGUGACAUUCUUCUCCAGCAUAGAAGUGUCAGUUCGACACACUGCUCUCCCCAGUCAAACUUGUGAGAUUUGGGAUAUGUCAGAUAUGGUUUGGAAAAUGGAUGGGUUGUUCAUUUUUUGUGGUUGGGAUGAGAGGCCAGAGGGAUGGUAAAGGUGAACACAAUGAUUUUUUUUCCCCUUUUCUUGAACCUAUUGUACAGAUGUGGAUAGAUGUUAUUUCAUGCUGUUUAUAUGUUUAUAAGAAAAGCUAUUUCACAUAAAAAUAAAAAUCAGCAGGAAUUGAA